AUGGCCUUUCCAAUGAGCGUAAUUAUCCUGCAGUGCAGUAACUUUAUCUAUUUCCUGACCAGCCUUAUCUCCUUGAUGGUGAUGGCUGCUACAGCAGACAAGACUCUUCAGUCCGUCUUAUGGUCUUUGGGAAAAAAUACCAACGUCGACGAAAUGUCUACCAAGAUUCUGCUAGCCCCGUACAACUAUCUUAUAGGCCACCCUGGAAAGUCCAUUCGCUCCAAGAUGAUUCAGGCUUUCAAUCACUGGCUGCAAGUUCCUGCAAAGUCCCUUGCUACCAUUACCCGGGUUGUUGAAAUGCUUCAUAACGCUAGCCUUCUAGUUGACGAUAUUGAGGAUGACUCUACCUUAAGACGUGGAGCUCCGGUAGCCCACCAUAUCUAUGGUAUGGCUCAGACGAUCAAUUGCGCCAAUUAUGCAUACUUUCUUGCUGUACAAGAGCUCCAAAAAUUGAACAAUGUCCAAAUGAUGACAAUCUUUUCAGAAGAGAUUUUGAAUCUACAUCGUGGCCAAGGGAUUGAGUUAUUCUGGCGCGAUUCCAUUACAUGCCCCACGGAAGAAGAAUUUAUCAAUAUGAUUAACAACAAAACUGGUGGACUCCUUAGACUCGCUGUGCGACUGAUGAUGACUGCUAGCAACGUAGAAAUGGACUAUACUCGCCUGGUCAAUUUAAUUGGUAUUCAUUUCCAAAUUAGAGAUGACUACAUGAACCUCCAAUCAAAACACUAUACUGAUAGCAAGGGCUUCUGCGAAGAUUUGUCCGAGGGCAAGUUUUCGUUCCCGGUUAUACAUUCCAUCAGAGCAAGCCCCAAUGACCCCCAAUUACUGGAGAUUCUCAGGCAUAAGCCUCAAUCAAUUGAACUCAAGCAAUAUGCACUUAAACUCAUGGAAGCAACAAAUACAUUUGGCUAUACCAAGCAGUAUCUUCGUGACUUAUUUAUUGACAUCCAACAAGAAGCCUGUAAAUUCGGCAACAAUCCUGUGCUCGAUAAAAUCUUGGUUCAAUUGGACGUUCAGGAUUGA